GAUUAAAAGGCAGAAUGAAAAGGACUAAGCAAGGGAAAUGGUAUUAAUCAGUGUUAAUGUUCAUGAUUGUUCGGCAUUACUGUGGUAAGGGAAACACCGAAGCGAUUUUCCUUUCUUCUUGUUUGGUAUAAGAAUAUAAAUUUUAAUCAUAUUUUUUCAAAUUUUGUUAUAUAAUUUUAAAGUUUAAAAUUAUUUCUAAUAAACCGAAUAUGUAAUCAACCGUGAGCCAACGUCGUAUUUGAAACCAAUCUGAUGAUUCAAAUUAACACAAUAUAACAGAUACUCAAUUGUAGUUUUCAAUGUGGUUGCAAUUUCAGUUAGAUUUGUGAUUAGUUUGGUGUAGUUUUCUAACAAAAUGGAGGCCAUUUCUUUGAAGAUAGAUGAAGAGAGCCAUUUUUCAAAGAAUGAUGAGAGCAUAUUAUUGUGAUGUAUUUUUCUUCAAAAAUGGGUUGCAGGAUGGUAAAUUGUGCUAAUACUACUGCAAUGGAACUAUGAUUUAAAAUAGAUGAUGAAAAAGUUGAGAGGAUCAGAGGAUUUGUAUGAUUGGAUAUAGAUUACUAUGGAGCAUUUUUAUCUAAAAAUGGCAGCCAUUGUUGGACAAUCAAGCAUGAAUGAAACAUUGAAGAAACAGAGGAAACAAAUUUUGUUUCCGCUAAAAUUCCAUUAGUAACAACUAGGUAGUAUCGGUUACUUUUAGGAAACGGAUUGAGUUAUGAAUUUCUCAAAUCAAAUAAGAUAUAAGAAAUUCAUUUAAUUGAUUAGUUUCCAAGAGUUUAAAAUACUAAAUUAAAUAGGGCCUAAAUAUGUUUAAUUUUGAUUGUAAGAAAUAAAAAUAAAUUAAAUCUAUUUAGUGUUAGAUUUUAUGAUAAAAUCAAAAUGCAAAAUGAACUUUCACCUUCAUUCUAUCUAAAAUCAAACAACAAAACAAUAGAAUAUGAGUAAAUUGAUUUUUAUAUAACUAAAUUAAUUUAAAGUCAAGUCAAAGUUAAAUUCAGUCAUAAAAUUACCAAUUAGAUAAAUAUCGGAUCAUUAUAUUUGUUUUGAACAUAUAAUGGAGAGAGUAAUCACUAAAAGAUGGGAGCAGCAAAAGUGUAGAUUAUUAUUCCACAGGAUAAAAUAAUCUCCACGAAUGUGAGAGUUUGUUAUCAAAACAUACUACUCAUCAUCUACUAAAGUCUAUACCAAAAUCUCACAAUUGAGAAAUUCUGUUGAGUAAAAUCAAAAAUGGCCACCAUCUUAACUCUCAGCCCAUCAUCAAACUUCAAAUUCCUCAUCUCUUUCAAAUCCACCUUCAACUCAAAUCCUCAUUUCUCAAUUCCAUCUCUUACUAUCAAAAAACCUUUCUCAAUCAGAUGUUCGAGGGACCCACCAUCAGAAAUUCACAAAUUCUGGGAUUGGCUUUCUAACAAAGGCAUUAUCUCUGCAAAAUGCCCCCUAAAACCAGCCAUUGUUUCUCAAGGUUUGGGUCUAAUAGCCUUAAAAGAUAUAGCCAAAAACGAGGUCGUUUUAGAGGUACCAAAGAAGUUUUGGAUAAACCCAGAUACUGUUGCUGCUUCGCAGAUUGGGUCUGUUUGUAAUGGGCUUAAACCUUGGGUUUCAGUUGCUUUGUUUUUGAUAACAGAGAAGAAGCUUGGUGAUUCUUCUACUUGGAAAUCUUACAUUGAUAUAUUGCCUGAUUUUACUAGUUCAACUAUUUUUUGGUCAGAAGAGGAGCUUUCUGAACUUCAAGGUAGUCAGCUGCUGAAUACUACACUGGGUGUGAAGGAAUUAGUAGCAAAUGAAUUUGCAAAACUAGAGGAAGAAGUAAUAAUUCCCUACAAGAGACUAUUCCCUUUUGAUGUAACACUAAAUGAUUUCUUCUGGGCAUUUGGAAUCCUUAGAUCAAGAGCAUUCACUCACUUGGAAGGCCAAAGUCUUGUUCUAAUUCCUUUGGCUGACUUGAUCAACCACAGCUCAGAUAUAAGAGUACAAGAUUAUCCUGGGGAAAUUAGGAGGGCUGGUUUGUUCUCUAGAGAACUCCUGUUCUCCCUGAAGAGUCCCACUCUGGUGAAGGCGGGUGACCAGAUUAUGAUCCAGUACGAUUUGAACAAGAGCAAUGCUGAAUUGGCCUUGGAUUACGGGUUCAUAGAAUCUAGAUCAGAACGCAAUGUCUACACCCUAACACUGGAGAUACCCGAGUCAGACCCCUUUUUCGGGGAUAAACUAGACAUAGCAGAGUCAAAUCGCAUGGGGGAAACUGCAUACUUCGAUAUUGUCUUGGACCAGCCUGUUCCAGCAAUUAUGCUUUCAUAUCUUAGGCUUCUGGCAAUUAGUGGAACCGAUGCUUUUCUAUUGGAAUCUAUAUUUAGGGACUCUAUCUGGGGUUAUCUUGAGUGUCCUAUUAGUCCUGAGAAUGAGGAGCGCGCAUGCCAAGUGAUACGUGAUGCUUGCAGAUCUGCUCUUUCUGGUUACGAUACCACCAUUGAAGAGGAUGAGAAGUUGAUGCAGCAAGGUGGCCUGAGUCCAAGGCGUGAGACUGCUGUAGGGAUAAGAUUGGGAGAAAAGAAGGUAUUGCAGCAAAUCAAGAGGGCUUUCGAAGAAAGAGAGACGGAAUUAAGUGGACUCGAAUACUACCAAGAGAGGAGGAUUAAGGACCUAGUUAUGUCCGGAGCAAAAGGCGAAAAUCUCCCUUGGAUUGGAGAGGUCUAAGACUAAUUGUUUUGUGAUUUGUUCCAAAUGAAGUUGGGGAUCAAGGAAGAGACAUUUGAUUCAGAAAAUGUAAAUGACGAUUAGUUGUGUCAAUAGUUAAGAACUUAAAAGAGUAGUUCAUGGAUGUUUGUAAAAGAAAUCCCUUUGGUCAUUUUUCUUAAACUACAAAAUUUCAAUUCGAAUUCUCUUGAUUUAGAAAGG